AUGCAGGUAGACGAGUUAGUUGAAGCGGUGCAGUGGCGAGUAUUAGAUAGCUUGUUCCAGAUUGUAGUGGCCGACACUGCCGGAUGCUGCCAAAAGACGGUGUCCAAUAUCAUUGCUCGUGUUGUGGAUGCCUUGGCGCAUCCCGACAUCGUGCAACAGUUCAUAAAGUUCAAGCCCGAGGACGAGCAGUGGUGCAGGGCCCGAUCCAAUGAGUUUGCAAGGACCGGGAGGAUGUCCAAUGUGAUCGGAGCCGUGGAUGGCACACUGGUCCGGAUAAGGACUCCGGCUGUUGACGGUUAUCAGUACGUAUGCAGGAAAGGAACAUCUUGCCUCAACGUCUGCUUCAUCGCAGACGCUGUUGGCCGUGUCCUGUACGUCAACGCCGGGUCCCCCGGAUCAGUGCACGAUUCCGGUAUUUGGCGUAAUUCCUCCCCUGCGGCGGUCUUCAACAGUGGAGCAGCCGUCACAGGUUAUCGCCUUCUUGGUGAUAACGGUUAUGCCAACGAGUAA